UCCUCGAUUACUAAUUUUGGUGUCUAUCUUAAAUAUUUUCUGGGUUUUUUUAUCUUAAUCGCACACUAACAGUUGUUACUCACAUCAUUCUAUGAUUGAAUUUGUGCACUGGUUGAGAGUAUUUCGUUAAUUUUAGUUGAAAGAUCCGAUAUUUAUUUUCGGGUUGAUGCUUUCUUUCCUUUCUUAUGAGUUCUGCUGCUUUUGUGCUAUUUUCGAUGUUAAGUUACCUGAGGAAGUAGAAGCAAUGGAUAUAAAUCCCAAUCAUUUGGUAAUUAACUAAUCGGGCUUAAUGAUAAUUUUUGUUUUGUUUGCUAUUGGUGAUUAUGGCUAUAAUGAACUCCAUGACGAAUUUUUAGCAUGGUAUAAGAUUUGUUUGAAGAGCCUUCACAUUUGCAACAUAUAGUAUUUGGUUGCUGAAAAAAGAACCUUUUUUCAUGUAGUAUUAAACUUUUUAGGUCCAAGUUAACAAAAUAAUAAUGCUUUUCUUAAUCCAUGUCGUUUCCAUUGCUCGAGAUCUGCAUAAUACUGUUAAGUAUCACUGAUGAUCACUUAAUAAGCUAGUACUGUUUGCUUUCAGAGGAGCAAAUAUGGCUGCCAUAUCGGCAUGUAUACUGGGAAACGGAUUGUAUGCUGGUAGUAUCAGAAAAGGUUUUAGCAAAGAAAUCUAUGGCAAGCAGUUUAUACGCAUUCCACUAUAUAGUAGUACGUCUAGAGUAGUUAAUGUUAGAGCAUCAUUGAGUCAAAAGACCAGUGAAGGAAGACGAGGAUUCCUGAAAUUGGUGCUUGGUAAUGCUGGCCUUGCCUUACCUUCAUUACUUGGCAAUGGAAAAGCUAUUGCUGAUGAUGAAGGUGUCUCGAGUUCAAGGAUGUCGUACUCUAAAUAUUUAGAGAAUCUAGAUAAGGAUAGAGUAACUAAGGUCGAUUUGUUUGAAAAUGGAACUAUUGCCAUUGUUGAGGCUAUAUCCCCUGAGUUGGGUAACCGUGUCCAAAGAGUGCGGGUGCAGCUCCCGGGCCUCAGCCAGGAGCUUCUCCAGAAGUUUAGGGAGAAGAACAUUGACUUUGCUGCCCACAAUGCACAAGAGGAUUCCGGUUCUCUAUGGGCUAACUUGAUCGGAAACUUGGCCUUCCCUUUACUCUUGAUUGGAGGUCUUUUCUUUCUCUCGAGACGGUCCCCUGGAGGAAUGGGUGGGCCUGGAGGCCCCGGGUUCCCUUUACAAUUUGGUCAGUCAAAGGCUAAGUUCCAAAUGGAACCAAACACUGGUGUCACUUUUGAUGAUGUUGCUGGGGUUGAUGAAGCAAAGCAAGAUUUUAUGGAGGUGGUGGAGUUUCUGAAAAAGCCCGAGAGAUUCACAGCUGUGGGUGCUCGUAUUCCAAAGGGGGUUCUUCUCAUUGGCCCUCCCGGUACUGGGAAGACCUUGCUAGCCAAAGCAAUUGCUGGUGAAGCCGGUGUUCCCUUUUUCUCUAUUUCGGGUUCUGAGUUUGUUGAGAUGUUUGUUGGAGUUGGUGCCUCACGAGUCCGUGAUCUUUUCAAGAAGGCCAAGGAGAAUGCUCCAUGUAUUGUGUUUGUUGAUGAAAUCGAUGCAGUGGGGCGUCAAAGAGGAACUGGAAUUGGUGGAGGAAAUGAUGAAAGGGAGCAGACUCUCAACCAGCUGCUGACAGAAAUGGAUGGUUUCGAAGGAAACACGGGUAUUAUUGUGGUUGCUGCGACUAAUCGUGCAGAUAUUCUCGACUCUGCCUUGCUGAGGCCAGGAAGGUUUGAUAGACAGGUGAGUGUUGAUGUCCCAGAUGUUCGGGGACGAACGGAGAUCUUGAAGGUUCACGCAGGAAAUAAAAAGUUUGACACUGAUGUAUCACUUGAAGUGGUAGCCAUGAGGACACCUGGUUUCAGUGGAGCGGAUCUGGCUAAUCUCUUGAACGAGGCCGCUAUUCUGGCUGGCCGCCGUGGCAGGACUUCCAUCUCGUCUAAAGAGAUCGAUGACUCAAUUGAUAGGAUAGUCGCUGGAAUGGAGGGGACGGUCAUGACUGAUAGCAAGAGUAAGAGUCUUGUGGCGUACCACGAAGUAGGCCAUGCCAUCUGUGGAACUCUGACCCCGGGGCAUGAUGCCGUUCAGAAAGUCACCUUGGUUCCACGCGGUCAGGCACGUGGUUUGACUUGGUUCAUCCCUUCGGAUGAUCCAACAUUGAUAUCAAAACAGCAGCUCUUUGCCAGAAUUGUAGGGGGGCUGGGCGGUCGAGCUGCUGAGGAAGUUAUAUUUGGUGAGCCUGAGGUCACUACCGGUGCAGCUGGUGAUCUGCAGCAGAUCACUGGUUUGGCCAAGCAGAUGGUUGUGACUUUUGGUAUGUCUGACAUCGGGCCGUGGUCGCUCAUGGACUCAUCGGCUCAAAGCGAUGUGAUAAUGAGAAUGAUGGCAAGGAAUUCGAUGUCAGAGAAGCUGGCGGAAGACAUUGAUGCAGCAGUGAAGAGGCUCUCAGACGAGGCAUAUGAGAUUGCGUUGAGGCUGAUCAGGAACAACCGCGAAGCCAUAGACAAGAUCGUGGAAGUUGUUAUCGAGAAGGAGACGAUAACCGGGGAUGAGUUCAGGGCUAUUCUCUCGGAGUUUGUCGAAAUUCCAGUCGAAAACAGAGCUGCUCCCACUCCGGCUACGCUAACUGUAUAAAUUAGUACUACUAGUCCAGCAUCAACUUGUACAAUGCUUUUUUCGGCUUUUUUUGUAAAGAUCAGUACACACUGAAAAAUGUUGUUACAGCUGACAUAACCUACGUGCUUCAAAUUAGGCACAAAUUUGUA